GGCCAAACACUUCGCCCGGGAAGGGGAAGGCGGCAGUGGUCCCCAACCGCCGCCUGGGCACGGUGCGCGGAGGACUAAUGUCGUCGCCACCGGGCCGCCGCGCCCGCUUGUCGUCCCCUGGGACCAGCCGCCAGGCCUCCGAUGCCCGCGAGGAGCUGCGGCGCCGCCUGAAAGACCUCAUCGACGGCAAUCGGGUGAUGAUCUUCAGCAAGAGCUACUGUCCACACAGCACGAGGGUUAAGGAACUCUUUUCAUCCUUAGGAGUGGAGUAUAACAUCCUGGAACUUGAUCAAGUUGAUGAUGGGGCCAAUGUUCAGGAAGUUCUGAAAGAAAUCAGUAACCAGAAAACGGUGCCUAAUAUUUUUGUGAAUAAAGUGCACGUGGGCGGAUGUGACCGAACUUUCCAGGCACAUAAGAGUGGUUUACUGCAGAAGCUCCUUCAUGAAGACUCGACUCAUGAUUAUGAUCUCAUCAUUAUUGGCGGAGGCUCUGGCGGACUCUCUUGUGCAAAGGAAGCUGCCAACUUGGGAAAGAAGGUCAUGGUGCUAGACUUUGUGGUCCCAUCACCUCAGGGCUCAUCCUGGGGUCUCGGUGGCACCUGUGUAAAUGUGGGCUGUAUUCCUAAGAAGCUGAUGCACCAAGCAGCUCUCCUGGGGCAGGCCUUACAGGACUCGAGGAAGUUUGGCUGGGAGUAUAACCAGCAGGUGAAACAUAACUGGGAGGUCAUGACAGAAGCAAUCCAGAACCACAUUGGCUCCUUGAACUGGGGCUACAGGGUGACGCUUCGGGAGAAAGGUGUGGCCUAUGUCAAUGCCUAUGGGGAGUUUGUGGAGCUGCAUAAAAUAAAGGCAACCAAUAAGAAAGGACAGGAAACAUUUUAUACUGCUUCGAAGUUUGUCAUAGCAACAGGUGAAAGGCCUCGGUACUUGGGAAUCCAAGGAGAUAAGGAAUACUGUAUUACGAGCGAUGACCUCUUCUCUCUGCCGCAUUGCCCUGGUCGCACACUAGUUGUAGGGGCCUCAUAUGUUGGUCUGGAGUGUGCAGGAUUUCUGGCUGGCUUGGGAUUAGAAGUGACAGUUAUGGUACGCUCUGUCCUUCUCCGUGGAUUUGAUCAAGAAAUGGCAGAGAAACUGGGAUCCUACCUGGAACAACAAGGCAUCAAGUUCCAAAGGAAGUUCACCCCUGUUUCGAUUCAACAAAUGGAGAAAGGCUCGCCUGGAAUAUUGAAAGUUGUGGCGAAGUCCACUGAAGGACCGGAAACAGUUGAAGGGGUAUACAACACGGUUUUGUUAGCAAUUGGUCGGGAAUCCUGUACAAGGAAGAUAGGGCUGGAGAAGAUCGGGGUCAAAAUCAAUGAGAAGAAUGGCAAGAUACCAGUGAAUGAUGUGGAACAGACCAACGUGCCUCAUGUCUAUGCUAUUGGGGACAUACUGGAGGGCAAACCAGAGCUCACACCUGUUGCCAUACAGGCAGGCAAGCUGCUAGCUCGAAGACUCUUUGGGGGCUCUUUGGAAAAAUGUGAUUACAUUAACGUCCCAACAACAGUGUUCACACCUCUGGAAUAUGGCUGCUGUGGGCUGUCUGAAGAGAAAGCCAUUGAAGUGUAUAAAAAAGAGAAUCUGGAAGUGUAUCACACCUUGUUUUGGCCUCUGGAGUGGACAGUCGCUGGCAGAGACAACAAUACCUGUUAUGCAAAGAUAAUCUGCAACAAAUUCGACAAUGAGCGUGUGGUGGGAUUUCACCUUCUGGGGCCAAAUGCUGGUGAAGUCACACAGGGAUUUGCAGCUGCUAUGAAAUGUGGGCUCACAAAGCAGCUACUGAAUGACACCAUUGGAAUCCAUCCCACAUGUGGUGAGGUAUUUACGACGUUGGAAAUCACAAAGUCCUCAGGGCUGGACAUUGCUCAGAAAGGCUGCUGAGGCUAGCCCUGCUGUUGUUGGGUUUUCCCUGUCACACACACUCUCUGUGCCCAUGACAUCUGCUUGGGCAAUGGAGGACCAGUUCUGGGCUUUCUCCUGGCACAGAGAUGGGAAGGUGGCAGAGGAUCAGCAGCAGCAGCACCUGCAGUCUCCAUUGACGGCAUGCAGCAGCCAGGCUGCAUCCUUGACGCCUUGGCUCGUAACCCCUGGAGGUGAACCAAGGCUGACUCCUGCACGUCAGACUGGACUACCACUCCCGCCGCUCCAGACUUAGAUGUCACAGUGAGCCCACUCACUCCCUUUCCCAGUUGCCAGUUCUUUGACUUUCACUUUGUUUCCAUGAAGAUAUUAUAUUUUUCAGGGUGCACUUGUCUGAAAGGAGGCUUGCGGGCCUAGAGCAUAGCUCUCUGGAUUCAUGGCAUCUGGAGAACUAGGUUAGAGCAGUCGGCUGCACAGGACUGCUGCAUUAGCCAGAAGUCCGUGCACUGCAUAGCCUUUAAAAGGCACACUUAACCUGCUGUCAGAGACCCAGCUCGUACUCCAUCCCUUGCACAUCUGAGGAUGAGAACCCUGACCAGUCUCCCCCUAGUCUCUGGACUAGCAGAGCACCACAUAUAAGAGAAAAAUUGUUGAGUAGUUUUUCCAUGUUAAUCUUAAAAGUACUAUUAAAAAGAUUUUACUACA